CCACCCCCCUCCUCGAAAAAGUGAAUUUCCAUUACAUCAAAGAUCAGCUCUUUCAAGAUCUUGCAUGUUUAAUCGUGGGCGUCUCGUAAGGGAAAUAUGUUGUAAUUCGAUGUUUUGUGUAGAAUGAUGGCCAUAACCAAAAAGUAGGUCUAAUGACGCAUUUGAUUUACUCAAUAAAGUUUGCAGGGGACAGGCUCGCUCUUGCAGGCUAUCACGCGUUCUCCGUGACCAAAAGCAGGCUGAGUUCUCUCGAAUUGACAGAUAUAACGUGACCAUUAUCUGACGGACUUGAUUCAAGAAAUUAACUUCUAAUAAUUUUGCGCAUGAUAACAGAGACUAAGUAACCCAAAAUAUUAUGAUGCUAUACUUUGUGUUACUUUUCCUACUGUAUGUCUUCAGUGCACGGACGCGAAUGGUACUCCCAGGAUAUGAAACAUUUAGUUCAGGAAAUGUGAACAGAGAUAAUAAUAAAGUCCUUACAGUAGAGGGGAAAGAAUGUAAAUUCCCAUUCGUUCAGGGAGGAAGCAUUCACCACCACUGUAUCACCACCAGCUUCUCCAGACCUUGGUGUUCUCUGACGCCCAACUUUGAUCAGGACUUCCUCUGGGGAUACUGUGCACCUGAGACCACUCAACCCAUUGUGUUCAUCCACUCAUCACGCAGAUUCACAGACCCGUGUCAGGUGAAUCCAUGUCAAAAUGGCGGCAUCUGCACUCUGGUCCCCUACAGACACUCCUUCGAGUGCUCCUGUCCAGAGAGCUUCACCGGGAGGCACUGUGAUCAGAGGAAUUGCUAUGAAACCAUACACCUGAGAUAUUAUGACAUUGGAGAAUCCUGGGGAAGGAUCUACCUCCGUAACGUGGAAUGGUGCACAUGUGUGGAUGGGGAGAUCUCCUGUGAGAGAGUCCGCUAUACUGUCUGUAGUGAGAGCCCCUGUGAGAACGAUGGUACGUGCCGACUCAUCACAGCCACCAGGAAGGAGGUGUGUGCCUGCAGGCCUGGCUACAGUGGACCCUACUGUAGCAUCGGGGAAAAUGAGCCACUGGUAAAGUCCAAAAUGAUAAGAAGAGCUUCUUUGCAGAGAGUGGUACGAUUGCCACAGCUGCCACCGCUACCUAACGUCCUCCCUGACACCAACCAAAUCAACCACACCAAGCCAGACAAGAAGCCUGUGUGCGGAAAGAGGAAUAAUAAGAGGAUAUCGGUGGCCAGGGGUCGUAUCCUGGGUGGCAGCUCUGCCCUGCCCGGUACCCAUCCCUGGAUGGCAGCCCUCUACAUAGGAGAUGACUUCUGUGCGGGCACCCUGGUCUCAUCCUGCUGGGUGGUCUCUGCUGCCCACUGCUUCUUCCGGAGUCCCCUUGUGUCAAAGAUUCGUGUGAUUCUGGGUCAGCAUAAGUUCAACGUUACGACUCGUGACACCAAAACCUUUGGAGUGGAGAAGUACAUCUUUCCAGAGCAUUUCUCUGUUUUCAAUCCAACUCUCCAUGACAUUGUUCUUGUGAAACUGAAAAAACAAGAUGGCCGCUGUGUGAAAAAGAGCCAGUUUAUACGGCCAAUCUGCCUGCCCAAUAAAGACAUGACCUUCCCGGACUACUACUGCUGUCAGAUCACUGGCUGGGGCCACAUGCUUGAGAGUAAAGAGGUGAAUAAAUACACCAACCUGCAGGAGACCGGGGUGAGGAUCGUCCCGUUUGAGAGGUGUAUCCUGCCUGAAGUCUACGGCAACCGUGUGACCUCCAACAUGGUCUGUGCUGGGACCAACCGAUGUGUGGAUGCCUGCCAGGGUGACUCAGGAGGCCCCCUGGCCUGUGUGAAGGAUGAUGUCAGCUUCCUGUAUGGAGUUAUCAGCUGGGGCGAUGGCUGUGGAAAGACUGGGAAGCCUGGUGUCUACACCAAAGUCGUUAACUACGUGAACUGGAUCAACACAAUUAUCAAGCGCAAGCCCAAGUCUAAAUGAAUGGACAUUACAGCUGGUAUUUUUAUAUGUACUAUGUGUACAUACUGUGGAAGAAUAGUGAUUUUUACACAACUGUGAAAGAAAUGUUAUUUAGUUACUGAAUAAACAUUUUAAAUGUU